AUGUACCUCCAAACUCAAAGACUGGUAGGAUAGCAAUCACUUGCUGAGUUCAUGGGCUUACAUUUGGACCUAGAGUAGAUCUUUAUCAAGAAUCUUGAGAAAUAAGGACCCGGUAUUUUCAGAAAAAAUGGCUGUAUUAUUAAUACUGGAGAUAAUAUGACCAAGCAGUCAAUUGCUAAGAUGAGAAAGAAGAAUUCUAAGUAGUUUGGGCUAUCACAGUAAUUUGUUUAGUCUCUGCACCUUCCCAAAGCAAGAGUAAAAGAGUGGCUUAAAGUACUCACUCUUGAACAGAUUCUAGCGGCUAAAAGCAAUUUUUCAACGGCUGAGAAGAUACACUACCUCCAAAUACUGUAGACUGCACUCGAGAGAAAACUCAAAAAAAUCAUGAAACUUCAAGAAAUGGCUAGUACCUACAGACUUAGUCAAAUUGCUAUAAUUCUCAAAAAGGUUAGAAGUCCAUCAGGACUUUAAUACGAUUAUGAGGAUACUAUCGAAGUAAAUAAUAUCAGAAUCAUUGAAAGAGAUCCCCUCAGGUUCAGGAAUAACUUGGAUGAUGACAGAAAUAAAAGGAAAAAUGGCCAAUUAUAGUAAUGGAAAGUUUCUUGGUCAGACGAAUUCGAUGGAGAUAAAAUCAAUUUGAAUAAUUGGAAUUUUGAUUCUGGGAAUUCUGGCUGGGGUGAAAAUCAACUAUAAUAUUAUACUGAUAAAUUUGAUAAUGCGUACCUGGAUAAAGGUUCUCUGAAUCUGGUAGCUCUCAAAGAAAACUUUGGCGAUGCCGAGUAUACCUCAGCUAGACUCAACUCGAAUAAAAAGUAGUCAUUCUAAAAUGGAAAGUUUGAGAUAAAGGCAAAGUUUCCUAAAGGAUAGGGAAUUAAAGCAGGAUUUCUGAUAAGAGGAGAUAAUAUUGAUUAGGAGGGCUGGCCCCAAUGCGGUGAGGUGGAAUUAUUCAAGUACUCAGGAAAUAACCCUGAUUUGAUAUACUCAUCUGUCUAAUCAAAUCAAUUUGUAAGAAGUAUUGCUCACUCUCUUCAAAAUACUAGUGAUGGAUUUCACAUUAUCUCUGUUGUUUUUAAUCCUGAUCACUUUUUAUUCAAUUACAAUGACCAGACAUAUUUCAUAGUCAAUAAGCAAUAAACCUUUUUCAAAAAUUAAUGGCCAUUUCAAAGCUAAAAAUAUCAUCUGGUUUUAUAUCUUGCAGUUGGUGGAGAUAUGGCCGGCCAACCUUCAGAUGAAAUACAGUGGCCUGCUAUCCUUGAGAUAGAUUAUAUCAGGCUAUAUAAAAUGUGA